CGUCGCCGCCUCCGCCUCCGCCUCCGCCGCUCUCAGCCCGCCGCGGCCGUAGCGGGAGUCGGGGCGGGAGCGAGGCCAGCUGUACCCCCGCCGGGCUGCGAACCCAGACAAAGGAGGAGCCGCCCGAGAAGUGGGCCAGCGCCGCCGCGCCGGGAGGCUGUCGACUCGGGAGCAGCCGGGGGUCGACCGGGCUCACGGGCCGCCGCGCUUCCUCUGCCGGCGUCGCGCGAGGCCAGGCCGCUCGGGCCAAGGAAGCCGCCCCCGGAGCCCUCGCCCGCUCGCCGGCGCCGCCUCCGAGCCGCCUCGGCCGUAGGAUCGGCCCAGGCGGGAGGCGGCGGCCGCCGGCGAGGUGUGGCGAGGCGAGGCGAGGCGAGGCGGCCCGCGCCCUGACUGUCAGGCCACCGGUUCGGCCCGUGGGCCGCCCCCGAUGCGGAGGCGCUGUCGCCGGGGCCAUGCAGCAGGCACCGCAGCCGUACGAGUUCUUCAGCGAAGAGAACAGUCCGAAAUGGCGGGGACUGUUGGUCUCGGCCCUGCGGAAGGUUCAGGAGCAAGUACAUCCCAAUCUCUCAGCUAAUGAAGAGUCUCUCUACUAUAUUGAAGAGCUGAUUUUUCAGCUGCUUAAUAAAUUAUGCAUGGCCCAACCCAGGACUGUUCAAGAUGUAGAGGAACGAGUUCAAAAGACCUUUCCUCAUCCAAUUGAUAAAUGGGCUAUUGCUGAUGCACAGUCUGCCAUUGAAAAGCGAAAACGCAGAAAUCCUCUUUUACUGCCUGUGGACAAAAUACAUCCUUCAUUGAAGGAAGUUUUAGGGUACAAAGUGGACUACCAUGUGUCCCUAUAUAUUGUGGCUGUGUUAGAGUAUAUCUCAGCUGAUAUUCUUAAAUUGGCUGGCAAUUAUGUUUUUAAUAUUCGACAUUAUGAAAUAUCUCAGCAAGACAUUAAAGUGUCAAUGUGUGCAGAUAAGGUUUUGAUGGAUAUGUUUGAUCAGGAUGACAUAGGUUUGGUUUCUCUCUGUGAAGAUGAACCUAGUUCUUCAGGUGAAUUGAACUACUGUGACCUUGUCAGAACUGAAAUUGCAGAAGAAAGACAAUAUUUACGGGAACUAAAUAUGAUCAUAAAAGUGUUUCGCGAAGCCUUCCUUUCUGACAGGAAGUUGUUUAAACAUUCUGAUAUUGAAAAGAUUUUUAGUAACAUUUCAGAUAUACAUGAAUUGACUGUGAAACUUUUAGGUCUAAUUGAAGAUACAGUGGAAAUGACAGAUGAAAGCAGUCCUCAUCCCUUAGCUGGUAGUUGUUUUGAAGAUUUGGCAGAAGAGCAAGCAUUUGAUCCUUAUGAGACAUUAUCACAGGACAUUCUUUCACCAGAGUUUAAUGAACAUUUCAGUAAAUUGAUGGCCAGACCUGCAGUGGCACUUCACUUUCAGUCCAUUGCUGAUGGCUUUAAAGAGGCAGUUCGUUAUGUCCUACCACGCCUUAUGCUGGUGCCAGUGUAUCAUUGCUGGCACUAUUUUGAAUUAUUAAAGCAAUUGAAAGCAUGUAGUGAAGAGCAAGAAGACAGAGAAUGUUUGAACCAAGCUAUUACUGCUCUUAUGAAUCUCCAAGGUAGUAUGGACCGAAUUUACAAGCAGUAUUCACCUAGACGCCGACCUGGAGAUCCAGUUUGCCCUUUUUAUAACCGUCAGUUAAGAAGCAAGCACCUGGCUAUUAAAAAAAUGAAUGAAAUUCAGAAAAACAUAGAUGGAUGGGAAGGCAAAGAUAUUGGACAAUGUUGUAAUGAAUUCAUUAUGGAAGGUCCAUUGACAAGAAUUGGUGCUAAACACGAAAGGCACAUCUUUCUCUUUGAUGGCUUAAUGAUCAGUUGUAAAGCUAAUCAUAGUCAGUCUCGCCUUCCAGGUUACAGUAGUGCUGAAUACAGAUUAAAAGAAAAAUUUGUUAUGAGGAAAAUACAAAUAUGUGAUAAAGAAGAUACUUGUGAAUGCAAACAUGCUUUUGAGUUAAUAUCCAAAGAUGAAAACAGCAUAAUAUUUGCUGCUAAGUCAGCAGAAGAGAAAAAUAAUUGGAUGGCAGCACUUAUUUCUCUUCAUUAUCGUAGUACUCUAGAUCGAAUGCUAGAUUCAGUAUUAUUAAAAGAGGAAAAUGAGCAACCACUGAGGUUACCACGUCCAGAAGUGUAUCGUUUUGUGGUAAAAGACUCUGAGGAAAACAUUGUUUUUGAAGACAACUUGCAAAGUAGAAGUGGAAUUCCUAUUAUUAAAGGAGGAACUGUGGUGAAAUUAAUAGAAAGGUUAACAUAUCAUAUGUAUGCAGAUCCCAAUUUUGUUCGUACUUUUCUUACUACAUAUCGUUCAUUUUGUAAGCCACAGGAAUUGCUAAGCUUAUUGAUUGAACGAUUUGAAAUUCCCGAGCCAGAACCCACUGAAGCAGAUAAAUUGGCAGUAGAGAAAGGAGAGCAGCCAAUCAGUGCAGACCUUAAAAGGUUUCGAAAGGAAUAUGUCCAGCCAGUACAACUUAGGAUCUUGAAUGUGUUUCGGCACUGGGUUGAACACCACUUUUAUGACUUUGAAAGAGAUUUGGAGUUACUUGAAAGACUAGAAACCUUCAUUUCAAGUGUAAGAGGGAAAGCUAUGAAGAAAUGGGUAGAGUCAAUUGCUAAGAUCAUCAAAAGGAAGAAACAAGCUCAAGCAAAUGGAGUAAGCCAUAACAUAACCUUUGAAAGUCCGCCUCCACCAAUUGAAUGGCAUAUCUGCAGACCAGGGCAGUUUGAAGCAUUUGAUCUCAUGACACUUCAUCCAAUAGAAAUUGCACGUCAGCUGACACUUUUGGAAUCUGAUCUUUAUAGGAAAGUCCAACCAUCUGAACUUGUAGGGAGUGUAUGGACUAAAGAUGAUAAAGAAAUAAAUUCUCCAAAUUUAUUGAAAAUGAUUCGCCAUACUACAAAUCUUACCCUCUGGUUUGAAAAAUGCAUUGUGGAAGCAGAAAAUUUUGAGGAACGAGUGGCAAUACUAAGUAGAAUCAUAGAAAUUCUGCAAGUUUUUCAAGAUUUGAAUAAUUUCAAUGGUGUUUUGGAGAUAGUCAGUGCAGUAAAUUCAGUGGCAGUAUACAGACUAGACCAUACAUUUGAGGCAUUACAAGAAAGAAAAAAGAGAAUUUUGGAUGAAGCUGUGGAGUUAAGUCAAGAUCAUUUUAAAAAAUACCUAGUGAAACUUAAGUCAAUCAAUCCACCAUGUGUGCCCUUUUUUGGAAUAUAUCUAACAAAUAUUCUGAAGACAGAAGAAGGAAAUAAUGAUUUCUUAAAAAAGAAAGGGAAAGAUUUAAUCAAUUUCAGUAAGAGAAGGAAAGUAGCUGAAAUCACUGGAGAAAUUCAACAGUAUCAAAAUCAGCCUUACUGUUUACGGGUAGAGCCAGAAAUAAGGAGAUUCUUUGAAAACCUUAAUCCUAUGGGAAAUGCUUCUGAAAAAGAGUUUACAGAUUAUUUGUUCAACAAGUCACUAGAAAUUGAACCUCGAAACUGCAAACAGCCUCCUAGAUUUCCUAGGAAAUCAACUUUUUCUUUGAAAUCUCCUGGAAUUAGGCCUAACACAGGCCGACAUGGCUCUACUUCAGGCACUCUGCGAGGUCACCCAACACCAUUAGAAAGAGAGCCAUGUAAAAUGAGUUUUAGUCGGAUUGCUGAAACUGAGCUUGAAUCUACAGUGUCAGCACCAACCUCUCCAAAUACACCUUCUACUCCACCCGUAUCUGCUUCUUCAGACCUUAGUGUGUUUUUAGAUGUGGAUCUCAAUAGUUCCUGUGGUAGCAAUAGCAUCUUUGCUCCAGUCCUUUUGCCACAUUCAAAAUCUUUCUUCAGUUCGUGUGGUAGUUUACAUAAAUUAAGUGAAGAGCCACUAAUUCCUCCUCCUCUACCUCCUCGGAAAAAGUUUGAUCAUGAUACUUCAAAUUCCAAGGGAAAUAUGAAGUUUGAUGAUGAUCCUCCUGCUAUUCCACCAAGACAACCUCCUCCUCCAAAGGUAAAGCCUAGAGUUCCUGCUCCUACUGCUGCACUUGAUGGACCUCUGCAGAGUCCACCUCCACCACCACCAAGAGAUCCUCUUCCUGACACCCCUCCACCAGUUCCCCUUCGGCCUCCAGAACACUUUAUAAACUGUCCAUUUAAUCUUCAACCACCUCCAAUGGGACAUCUUCACAGAGAUCCAGACUGGCUGAGAGAUGUUAGUACUUGCCCAAAUCCACCAAACACUCCUCCUAGCACACCCUCUCCAAGGGUACCACGUCGAUGCUAUAUGCUCAGUUCUAGUCACAAUAAUCUCUCUCAUCCUCAAGCUCCCCCUGUUCCACCAAGGCAGAAUUCAAGCCCUCAUCUACCAAAAUUGCCACCAAAGACUUAUAAACGGGACCUUUCGCAUCCCCCAUUGUACAGACUGCCUUUAGUAGAAAAUGCAGAAACUCCUCAAUGACCCUCGCCAUAUGUAGUCAUUGACACUGGAAUGGUAUUUGUAAAGUUUUUUUUAUUAUUUAUUCAACAAAGGCAUAGUAUUUUAGUAUUUUUCACAAAUAAUGAUCUUACAAAAAUGCUACUGAUCAAAUAAGCAUUUAAAAAUUGGGAAAAUAAAAAUACAAGUCCUUCACCAUUAUCCUCAGGUGAUCAGUAGCAUUGCCUUGAUCUUGGAUCCUCAUUGCUACCAAAAGGCCAGUAUAAAGCGUUUAUAUUUGCACUAUAAGUUCUGGUAAAAUGUGGUUAUAAGUGACAUUGAUUGCUCUGAAAGGUGAUAGUGCAUUUGUGGAAUUUUUCAAAUUUGAAUAACAUGAAUUUACACAAAUAAUGGGGGGUAUGAUGUUAACUGAUUUUUAAACAACCUUGAUCAACUUUUAAGUUUUACUUCUAGGGCAUUUGUGAAUAACACUGCCAGAAUUUGCUAAUUAAGACAGAAAUGAAAAACUGAGUGAAACUAGAAUGCACUGUUUAUUGUAUCACAAUGUCAAGAAAGACUACCUACCCCAAUCAUAAAAGGGGAAAAUGGGGGCAUGUAUCUCAUUCAGAUGUGCCUUUUGUUUUUUGCAAACUAUGGUGUCUUUAAUGAGUUGCCUGUUGUUUUGGAAAAUUAAGUAAAUAUGCCAUGUAUGUACAGUUUUGUUUAUAUUGUAUAUUUAAAGAUGCUAAUAACCUGUAUGAAUUUAAGUGACUUAAGGCUUAUAAUACAAUCUGCUACUUUACUAAUUAAUAAAUUCAGAGGGAAAGUUUCUUAUGACAUAGAAUUCAACUACCUUGCCUUCAAAACCUAGUAACUUUCUCUAUAAAUCUGUUAACUAGAAUGAAAAAUAUAUAUUGGUGAUAUUUAAACCAGCAAAUACUUAAAAGCUUUAUUACACUUUUUAAUCAGAGGAGUAAAACUCUUGACAUUUGGACUCUGAUUCAAAGUGAUGAAAAAGUGUUUAUUGAUUGUGCUGUAGCAGCAAUUGUAAAGUAGCCAAAAGUCACGUUGUUUAUUUACUGGUCUGUGGCCUUUUACUGUGCUUUGUAUCAGAGUUCUUAACAAGAUUAAUAAAUCACCCCAGUCUUAAUUUUUAAAA